GGUGAAGGUAGCCACUUAUUAUUUUAUCAUUUAUAAAUAAGAAAAAAGACUGGUGCCGACACUAUCUUUAAUGUGAAGUAUUACAGGGAAAGCACUUUACAUAUAUAUAUAUAUAUAGAGAGAGAGAGAGAGAGAGAGAGAGAGAGAGAAGGAGGAAGGGAGAGAGAAACCGCGUUUGUCUAAGCCUCCAUCUCCAUGUGAGGAGGGAAAACAGAGAAAGAGAGGGAAACAAUAAUAAAUGUUAUUCUCUUUCUGCGGCAAAACUAUUCCGAGAAAAAUGUAAUGGAAGAGAGAUGAAGAAGAAGAGGAAGUAGAUGCAAAGCAAAAACACUGCCUAAGUCCAUUGAAUUAGACGCUGAUAUCAUAUCACUACAUUCACUGUAUCUUUCUUGUUGCGUCUUUGGGAGUAUUUUUAUGCUCAAACACAAACCAAUUGCAGGGAUUUGGAGACUUCUCCUACAAGAAUAUCUAUAAUUGAUAAUGGGAACUCUGGCAGUUGAGAACGAGAGUAAUGUAGGUUCAGAUGUUGUUUACAUUUCUUUGGGGCUCAAAGGAUUAGGCAAAGGCGUUAUGAAACUACCCCGGGUCUUAUCACUUCUUUCCUCACUCCUUGAGAAAUCAGUACAGAUAAGCGAGUUGCAAUUGGAGGCAACACAAGCUAAAGAUGUUCUUACCAUAUUUCACGGUCUAAGAGCGCCUAGUUUAAGCAUCAGCCAAUACAUUGAUCGCAUCUUCAAGUACUCCGGCUGCAGCCCGUCUUGCUUUGUUGUUGCAAACAUCUAUUUGGACAGAUUUCUCGAGAACACAGACAUUCACUUAACAUCUCUCAACGUUCAUAGGCUGCUAAUCACUAGUGUAAUGCUAGCAGCGAAAUUUAUGGAUGAUGCAUUCUUUAACAACGCAUACUAUGCUAAAGUGGGAGGAGUAAGCACAUCUGAAUUAAACAGAUUGGAAAUGAGGUUUUUGUUCACUAUUGAUUUCAGGCUUCAAGUAAGUAUAGAGACAUUUGGGAAAUAUUGUUCACAGUUAGAGAAAGAAGCUGUGGAAGAACUACAGAUUGAAAUUGAAAGGUUAAGGCCUUUCCAAGCCUGUGGAAUUAAAGAGGGUUGGUCGAACAAAGAUGAUUCUACUUGUGCUCCCACAAUUGCUAGAUAAUUAAGAAGAAAGUGCUCAAGGCAUUUAAAUGUAUCACAAAAUAGAUUUUAAGUUCGCUUGUUUCAAUUUGUGCCACGUUUUGGAAUUUUAAUGAAGAAAAGAAAGAUAUUUGCUUAUGGUGUCCCAUAUGUAUCUUGUUUUUUGUUUUGUAAACUUGUAUUUUGGUCAGUGCAUUCGUACCUCUGCUAACGCAGUUGAAGCAA